GAGAAGUUAUUAAUGUGAUGAAAGAGUAGGCCAGAAUGCAAGGAGGCAGACAAGACUCGAAUGGUGGUUGUACCUUAAUAUUUCUGUCUCUAUAACUUUGUCAUUACAGUACUCCCAACAUUAAAUUGUUGUGGGUGUAUACGUAUAUGUAUAUCAGGCAGAUCAGAGAAAAUUAAAAUGGGGCGAGCCCCAUGCUGUGACAAGAGCAAGGUGAGGUCCGGACCCUGGAGCCCCGAAGAGGACUUUAAGCUUAUUACUUUCAUUCAGAAGCAUGGACACACCAACUGGCGGGCUCUCCCUAUACAAGCCGGACUGCUCCGAUGUGGAAAGAGCUGCCGUCUGAGGUGGAUUAAUUACCUAAGACCUGACGUGAAACGAGGGAACUUCACUCCUCAAGAAGAGCAAACCAUAAUUGACCUUCAUACUUCCAUUGGAAACAAGUGGUCCAAGAUUGCGUCGUAUUUGCCGGGCAGAACAGACAAUGAGAUCAAGAAUGUGUGGAACACACACUUGAAGAAAAGAUUGCUACAGACAGGGAAAAAUGCUGUAGUUAAUUGCCACAAGAAUGAGGCCAAUGACAUUGACUCCUCUCAUACGGACUGUUGGGCAUCUUCAUCUUCAGCUUCAUCAACGUCUACAGACGAAAACGUCGAGAAGUUAUCGAUUCCUGAUGAAGCCGUUCAUGAUUCCGAGGUCAUGAUGAAAAACCCUAAUGAUGAUCAUCACUCUACAUCAUCUUCACAUGCAUGCAAUGUUUCCGACAUUACGUGUCCGGAUCAAACCGGGCCUGAAGACUCAUCAAAAUCUGAGGAUACUAUUAAUGUAGAGGAAGGAGAACUCGAAACCCGACCCGAUCCGGAUCUUGAUUUUUGGCAAGUGCUGGACUCCCUGGACCCUUUACAACCCACUACAACCGAAAACAACGUUGGGAAACAGGAAAACAUAAUUAAUCUUUCGGUUUCCGGGGAAAGUUUCAAAAGCGAAGCCGGAAUGAGCAAGUGGUUGGAAUUGUUGGAAAGUGAACUUGGACUAACAAGUGAGGGCGACUGUCUACCCGUGGACCAGGAUUUGAUGAUGACAGCAACCCGACAAGUACACACAGAAAUAUAUAAUAAUUUCCAGCCUCAUGAAUUGGAGUAUGGUCCAAUACAUGAGUGGCUAAUGCCAUUGUCACCCAGCUAUCUCGGCAUCUGAUGAUCAGCUUCAAUUUAGAAACCGUGUCAAAUUUGGCUAUAUUAUGUAUAACUUUUAUGCUACUGCAACAAGUCAUGUUGUCAGCUGGUUUUUCU